AGCAAAGAGCAGAAGCGGAGGAGAUGGAGAGAGAGAUUCAUUUUCGCCGUUGGGAGGAAAAAUGACCUAAUUUCCUCCGGAAAUCUAUCGCCGGAAUCGAUUUCUCCGGUGGUUUUCCUUCGUCGCUUCUCGUCCUUCUCAGCUUCUUACUCCGACGGAGGGACGAGCUGGUGAGUUGCUGCUCCUUUGAUCGUUUUCUUUCUCCUUUCGUCAAAUAUCAUUGCUUAAUUGAACGCUCGACUGGACGAGCAGCAAGAUCGAUCAUGACCUAUUUUCCCAAUCCGAUAAGGUACUGCAUAUCUAUACAUUGAUAGGAAUAUAGGUAGAAAUUGAUACCUCCAGAUUUUUGUAGCUGUAUAUAGAGAGAGAUAUAGUUGUGGUUCUUGUCAUGCAAUUGUCAUCGGGUUCGGCUUCUUCAUCGAAACGGAGGGAUUUUCAACAGAAGCCGGGUUCUCGGAUUAAAAAGAAGCAUAAGAGGCUUGAUGCGAUAUGUGAGGAGGAGUAUACCAGGAACCAUGCUGAAUCAAAUGAGGGAGAUGGGGGUUCUGGGUCCAAGGAUGCUGAUGUGGAGCUUCGCAGGAGCUCUCGCGUGCGGAGAGCACCGGUGGUGCUGGAUGUCUCGCCUCCACCUGUUAAGAAAAGGCGGAAGAUUGGUAAGGAUGGAAAGCAGGGCUUGAAUAAGAGCGGGAAGAGUGGUUUGGCUAAUGUGAAAGAGGAGGAGAGUGGUGAAGCAGCGGAUUUGGAGACACCUGGAAGUUGGAGAUCUAGGUUGAGGUCUAGAGGGAGGAAAUUGGGUGUUGGAGUGAAGAAGGUGGAGGAGAAGGGUUCAUCAAGUAGGAGGGAGCUUUUUGAGGAAACUUGCGAGCCUAGGGAGGAAGAGAAGCCUAUGGUCAGUGAACUGGAUGGUGGAAAAAUGAUGGUUGUGAGGUCAAAGAGGCCAGGGAGGGUUAAGGCAACAAUUGGUUUGAGAGAUAGAGAGGAGGUGGACCUGUGUGGGAUGAAAGAAGAGAGGGAGGCAGAACAAUUGGAGGUUAGAGAAAAUCUGGCUGAGGAGGAUGCAACAGAUGUGGAUAGAGAAGUAGAUGGUGCACCUGUCAGAGAGGUGGUGGAUAAUCUGGUUGAGGGCUCACCUGUGGUGGAUGGGGAAACAGAUGGUGCGAAUGAAAUGGACGCUGUGGAGAAUCUGGUUGUAGAAGAAGGUGCUCCAGUUGUUGAUGGCAAAAUUCUUGGUGGAAAUGAGAGAGAAAUGGUUGAUUGUAAUGCUCUUGUGGUGGAUAAGGGAGAGGAGAGAGUAGUGAAUGGUAUGCAGUCUGAGGACAACAAUGUUUCAACAGAAGAAAUGGAAAGAGACGAGCAGCUUAAUGCACAAACACUGCAGGAGUGUCAGAAUGAAGGAACAAAUCAGGAGGACACUGUCAUCCCAGAUGAAGUGGAGUUAGGCAGUUAUGAUGCCAAAGAUGAUGGAUUGGUUCAGGUUGAUGAUAAACCUUUGGAAGGUGAGAAUGCGAUGAUGGUAGAUAAUUCAAAUGAAGCUGCUGCUGGUACACUGGAAAAGACACGAAUUAAACAGGGGAGGCGGUGUGGUUUAUGUGGGGGUGGGACUGAUGGGAAACCUCCAAAGAAGUUGUUACAGGAUACUGGUGAGAGUGAAAAUGAGGCAUAUAGCUCUUCAGCUUCAGAAGAGCCAAACUAUGAUAAAUGGGAUGGAUUUGAUAAUGAACCGGGAUGGCUUGGUCGUCACCUGGGUCCUGUCAAUGACCGUUACGGUAUUGCUAGAAUUUGGGUUCAUCAAAAUUGUGCAGUGUGGAGUCCAGAGGUUUAUUUUGCUGGGUUGGGUUGCUUAAAAAAUAUAAGAGCUGCACUUUGCAGAGGGAGAGCAUUAAAAUGCAGCCGCUGUGGGAGGCCUGGAGCAACAAUUGGUUGCCGAGUUGAUCGUUGUCCAAAAACAUAUCACUUGCCAUGUGCACGAGAUAAAGGUUGCAUAUUUGAUCACCGCAAAUUUCUCAUAGCCUGCACUGAUCAUCGGUAUCUCUUCCAACCUCAGGGGAAUCAAUAUCUAAACCAAAUAAGGAAAAUGAAGGCUAGAAAAAUGAGAUUUGAAAUGAGGAAGGUAUCAAAUGAUGCAUGGAGAAGGGAUGUUGAAGCUGAAGAAAAAUGGUUGGAGCACUGUGGUGAGGAUGAGGAGUUCUUGAAACGUGAAAGAAAGAGACUUCAUCGAGAUAUGUUAAGAAUAGCACCUACUUAUAUUGGAGGUUCAGACACCGAGAAUGCUAGAUUAUUUGAGGGUUGGGAAUCAGUUGCUGGACUGCAGGAUGUUGUCCGAUGUCUGAAGGAAGUUGUCAUUUUACCACUGCUGUAUCCUGAGUUCUUCAAUAAUAUGGGGCUUACACCACCUCGUGGUGUUCUUUUGCAUGGGUAUCCUGGAACAGGUAAAACUCUUGUUGUGCGUGCACUCAUAGGCUCAUGUGCUCGUGGUGAUAAGCGGAUAGCAUAUUUUGCCCGCAAGGGAGCAGAUUGCUUGGGGAAAUAUGUUGGUGAUGCCGAGCGGCAGCUAAGGCUCUUGUUUCAGGUUGCGGAGAGGUGCCAACCUUCUAUUAUAUUCUUUGAUGAGAUAGAUGGAUUAGCACCUUGCCGCACAAGGCAGCAGGAUCAGACACACAAUUCAGUUGUGUCAACAUUGCUUGCUCUAUUGGAUGGUUUAAAGUCCAGAGGUUCAGUAGUGGUAAUUGGGGCAACUAAUCGUCCAGAUGCUGUUGAUCCAGCUCUAAGGAGGCCAGGGAGAUUUGACCGGGAGAUCUAUUUUCCACUGCCAUCAUUGGAGGAUAGAUCUGCUAUACUUGCACUACAUACCCGAAGGUGGCCAAAACCAGUGACUGGAUCUUUGCUCAAGUGGGUUGCAAGACAAACGCCAGGGUUUGCUGGUGCAGAUUUGCAAGCGCUUUGUACUCAAGCUGCUGUUAUUGCUUUGAAGAGGAAUUUCCCUCUGCAAGAAAUUCUGUCUGCUGCUGAAGCAAAACCUUUUAAUGCAAGCCAUGUUCCUCUUCCUGCCUUCGCAGUUGAGGAGAGGGAUUGGUUGGAGGCAUUGUCAUGUGCCCCACCUCCAUGCUCACGUAGAGAAGCAGGAAUAGCUGCUCAUGAUAUUGUUACCUCUCCUCUUCCUACUCAUCUCAUUCCUUGUUUCUUGCGACCAUUAUCAACCUUGCUUGUUUCCCUUCACCUUGAUGACCACCUCUGGUUGCCACCACUACUUUCAAAAGGUGCAGCAAUGGUGGAAAGUGUGAUUGUUUCUGCCUUAGAUGACAAGAGACUUCCUAGAGAUCAUUGGUGGUCCCGUGUUGAUGAUUUUCUUCAAGAAGCAGAUGUUGCAAAGGAGAUUGAGAGAAGGCUUUCAAACAUUGGCAUAGUAAUUGGAGAGGCUAGCUUUGCCAGUUGUGAUGCUUAUAGUGAUAAUGUUACAGAUGAUGUUGCUAAGUUUGAUCCUUCUGUAAUGUUUAGGGGCAGCUUAUGUGCUAACUACUUGCAAGACACAUCUUUUGGUUCCAGAAAGAAAAAGGGAUUUCGGAUAUUGAUAGCUGGAAGUCCUGGGUCUGGUCAAAGGCAUCUUGCUUCUUGUCUUCUUCAGUGUUUUCUUGGGAAUAUUGAAAUACAGAAGAUUGAUUUAGCUACAAUUUCACAAGAAGGCCAUGGUGAUUUGGUGCAAGGAGUAACCCAAAUAUUAAUGAGAUGUGCUAGUGUGGGGUCAUGUGUGAUAUUUAUGCCAAGAGUUGAUUUAUGGGCUUUGGAGAAGCAUCAACUUGCUGAGAGUGAUUCAUCUUCAACAGAUGAUCAACAUGCCAUGAUGGAAGAUUCUGUGCCUGUUGAAAAUGAAUAUGAGUUAGCUGAGUCAACAGGAUGUGGAGGUGCAGUUCAAAGUGCCUCAUGUGCCCCAAGCUCAUUUGUUAAGCGGAUGAAUCAAGUUACUGGGGAGAGUGGUUCUCCAACAGACCAUUUGCCUGUUGAAGAAAAUGAGUCUUCCUUGCAGCAUUUAGAUUUUGAGGAAGCAAAGCCACAACUUGUUGCUCAAAGUGCUUCACAUGCUUGGAGCUCAUUUGCUGAGCAAGUGGAGUCUAUAUGUGUGUCUACAUCUUUGAUGAUUCUGGCUACUUCAGAAGUUCCUUAUCUCACACUCCCUGAUCGAAUAAAGCAGUUCUUUAAGAGUGAUUCAAAUUUUGCUCAAAAAACUGUGUCAGAGUACACAGUACCCAGAUUCUCUGUGCAUCUUGGUGAGAAUAUCAACCAUGAUAUGGUGAUCAAGCAAUCUGCUGCUGAGUUAUCCAGGGACUUAAUUCAACUAUUUAUUCAUUUGAUCCAUGAAAGGUCUCAUGUUAGAGCAGAUCUGACAACUAAUGAUUUUAUUCAAGGCUAUUCAGCUAAAUUACCUGACAAUGUAAAUAACACUUCAACCAAUGAAGUUGGGGUUGCGUCACAAUCUUGUGGUAAUUUGUCUACAGAGGCGCCUCCACCACCUCCCAGCAAUAGAAUCUUGAAAGUGAAAUCAAGCUUGAUGGUUGCAAUAUCUACAUUUGGCUAUCAAAUUCUCAGAUAUCCACAUUUUGCUGAGCUUUGUUGGAUUACAUCCAAACUGAAAGAAGGUCCUUGCACAGAUGUAAGGGGACCAUGGAAGGGCUGGCCAUUCAAUACUUGUAUCAUUCGUCCUGCUACACCCUUAGAUGAAGCUGCAGUUCCUUGUGGUGCCAGCAAUGUAAAAAGCAAAGAGAAAUGUCAUUUGGUCAGGGGUCUGGUUGCUGUUGGUUUAUCAGCUUACAGAGGUGAGUAUUCAACUCUUAGAGAAGUCUCCUUUGAGGUGCGGAAGGUUCUUGAGCUCCUAGUUGGGUGGAUCAAUUCAAAAGUUAAUGCUGGCAAAGACAGAUAUCAGUAUAUCCGUAUUUUAUCUCAAGUUGCUUAUCUGGACGAUAUGGUAAAUAAUUGGGCAUAUGCACUGCAAAGUUUAGAUCAUGAUGUUCAAAUGAAAACUGCAAAUCCCAAACCAAGCAUCUUGGGAUCUCCAGAUAAUUGUCUGGCAUGUGCUAUUAAACCGGAUCAAAUUGAGGAUUGCAAGCCAGAUGUUUUAAACAAAAGCUGUCCUGCAUCACAAGAGCUAUGUUCAAGUCCAGUGGAAGUCCCUGAUCAAAACAUUGUUUGUCCAGACUUGAAUAAAGGAGAUGGUGAUGUUGCUACUAGUCCUGAGGGAAGAGAUGUGCCUUUAAAAGAAGCUUCAGAGCAAGUUGGCGUCCCUGAGACUCCUGCAUCACAAGAUCUAUGCUCAAAUCCAGUGGAAGUCCCUGCUCAAAAUAUUGAUUAUCUAGACUUGAAUAAAGCAGAUGGUGAUGUUAGUCCAAGCCCUGGGGAAAGAGAUGUACCUUUAGAAGAAGCUUCACAGCAAGUUGACAUUCGUGGUACUAGCAGUACAGAGGAACAUUUUGACUGCUCUGUUAUAGCAAAUCCUUCAAUCAAUCAUGUUGAAAUGCAAAACAGCUCAACUCCGGUAUCAUUUGUGUCUAAAACUCCUGGAAACCUUACAGUUGUUGAUGAAGGUCCUGGGUCCUUGCAGCAGUCUGAUGAAAUUGCACCCAGAGAAUCCAUCAAAAUUUCAGAGAAUGGUUUCCCAAAUUCAGAUGAACUACGCAGUAUGAAGCUUUCUGUCCCUGGGGAAGGCUGUGGCCAGUUUAACGGCUCUGUGGGUCACGCCAGAAUGACAUCUGAUGAUGAGAAGCUUGAUAGACAGUGUAGAGAGGAUACCAACUUUUCUGCAAGCCAAACUGCCUUUUCUGGUGAAUCUGGGGUUUUAUGUCUGUAUCAUUGCUGCUCCAAAUGUCUAUGCACUCUCCUAAGUGUGAUGCAGAAAAUCCUUGUUCAAGAUUGGAAACUGGAUAGGAGCGAUUGCACGGUGGACUAUAUUCAUGAUACUGUUGCAUCACUGUCUGCGGAUCUACUUUCAGUAGUUAGUAAAGUUUAUAAUGCUGAAAGCAGCAGCAACAAAUUUGGUGAGAGCCAAAGACAUGGAAAUAAUGGAGAGCUGAGAACAUGCCAUUGCAGAAGUACAGGAAAUAGUUUAGUUAUGCCAAGAGAAUGUAGUUGUCACCCUAUAGAUGGAUGCAUGAUGGAUUCAGAAAAUCAAUUCGGGUUUGAUCCAAAAUUUAUUUUCAGGGAUGGAGUAAUGGUUCCUCUAGAUUCUAACACAGACAUUUCUUUUCAUUGUAAAUUCGAGACUUUGUGCCUUUGUUCUCUUAUAGAGUCAAUAUUAAUGACGAAGCAGCCUUUUGAUUGAGCUGAUAUUUUACAGCCUGACUUGUUUAGCCGUGGCAAUUUUUGGUGCUGCUGUCGCGGGAAAUCUAGGUUUGUCUUUCUUUACACACAAGAAAAAUGAAAUUUUGUUGUCUUUUACUUCAAAGCUGUAUCAUUUCUUAAGCGCCUUAUUUCCACCUCUUUUUCUUGGAAUUGCGUCCAUGCUUCACUUGACUCUUACUGAGAAGAAGCUAACCUAUUCCGAUGUAAGUAUUUCUAAUGUUAGUUACAUAUUCAGUUAUGCCUUGCUGAUCUUUAUAAUCAUUCUGCUCGUUGUUAUAUUUUUUAUGGCAUUUAAAUAUGUUGUUUUCAGUACGAAUAAUUGCAUCAUUGAAUG